UUUGGCGACUCGUUUACCUGUUGCUGCUGCAACCCCUAGGCAUGCCCAAACUGUCUGUUGCUCAACUAAGGUGAAGAUAGUCGAAACGAAGUUUAGAGUGGGAGAUACAGUCAGUGACCCAGGUAUCUCCAACACCCUGGCCCCAGUCCCGUAUGCGAAAUCUUACGGAACCUGGCGUAAGAUUAAAAUGGCUAGUGAUAAUAGAGCCGGUUCUCUCAGCAAAAGUGUACAAAAACAUGCUGGUAGAGCAAAGGAAAGGAUAUUGCAAAAUCUUGGAAAAGCAGAUCGAACGACAGAUGAUAUUUUGAACCUAUAUAUGAGCAAUUUCAACAAACAGCACGCUUCAGCACAAAGACUAAGCAAGGAAUUCAAAAAUUAUGUGUCUUGCGCCAGGGCUAUGCAAGCUGCAAGUAAAAGCUUGAUGGAUACACUGACGGAAAUGUAUGAGCCAUCCUGGGUCGGGUGUGAACAAAUUCCAGUUAAAACACAGGUUCUUGAAAUGGUUUGGGAUGAUUUUUGUCACAAACUUAAUGACCAAGUUGGAGUACCAGUUGCAACUUACUUGAGCCAAUUUCCAGAAAUAAGGGGGAAAAUUGCCAAACGAGGAAGGAAACUUGUUGAUUAUGAUAAGUGUCGGCACAAUUUACAGUCCCUACAACAGCCAAACCGAAAGAGAGAAGAAAUGAAAAUUGGAAAGGCAAAGGAAAGGUUAGAUGAAGCCAGAAAAAUGUAUGAGGUUAUAAAUAAUGAACUUCACGAUGAACUACCAGCUUUAUACGACAGCCGGAUAUCAUUCCUAGUAACCAAUCUGCAAACCAUGUUCACAUCAGAAAGCCAAUUUCACAAUGAAAACAACAAAAUAUUCAACCAACUAUCAGAAGUUGUUGAAAACCUUUCAUUAGAAAACCAAAAGGGAAAAUACAGGACAAGAAAGCCAGGUUCGCCUUUAAUCCUUAAAAGUGAUGGUGAUACAAGGCAUUAUGAAGAAAUUGAGUUCAGGAAAAGUCAAGCGCGUAUGUCAGGACAUAUAUCUAAUGGAGAAAUCAUUUCAUCUAAUACUCUACCAUCUGAUAAAAAGAGAGACAUAUCUCUAACUGUAUCCCAGACCAAUGCCAUGAAUUCAGACAACACAUUGAGAGAUUCUCUGAGAAAGCCAGCUAAAAUUGAAAAAGAUUAUGAGCCUGUUGAGGUGAAUGAGCUGAAUCAAAUGGGAGAUUCUAAGGAUCAAAAACUUGAUGAGCUUUAUGACAUACCUGUAGGUGCCACAACCACAGAUUUACCUGCUGGAGUUUUGUACAGGGUUCGAGCUACUUACAAAUAUACAGGGGAAGAUGUGGAUGAAUUAUCGUUCGAAAUCGGAGAUAUAAUACGUGUUGUUGAAUACGAAGACUUAGAAGAACAGGAGGAAGGCUGGUUAAUGGGAAUGAAAGAAGCAACUGGAGAGAAAGGUCUAUUUCCAGCCAAUUUUACCCGUCCCAUAUAAAAUAAUGCGAUGGCUGUCAAUAAAAAAAUUCACUCUAAGAACAAGAGAAGUUAAAGUUUAGAGAACUUUUAAUGGAGAACGUGUACUUAUGUAAAAAAAACAUAUAGAAAGAGGUUUAUUUUAUUGGCAAUAUAAAAAUAGAUAAAUUAUGUAUUUCGUGAACUCAUUGUACUUUAACUCAUUGCUUUAUUGCAGCUUAAAAUUUAAAAAGGCGUUGCUUCCGAGUUAAAAACUAGAGUUUAUUGUUGUUGGCUUUUUGUAAAUUGCUUGUUGAAAUUGUUUUAAAAACUGAAUAAUAGUGUUACUUAUUUAAGUUAAGAAAGGCUAAGUUGUUUCAUUUAAACUGAAUUUCAAAUGAUGAUUUAUUCAAUGAUGUUUUAUAAUAUUAAAAAUAAAUUUAUUUAUCAUGCAAUUCCUUAUACUUCUAUAUUUUUCAUAAAGUUUUAUGGUUUAUAAAAUUAAUAUUUUGUAGAACAAGUUUUAUUAUGAUUAUUUUAAUCAAAAAAUAAUUUUAAUAACUUUUUACUGAAAAACUACAUAUUGUUGACUAUUUACAUUUAUUCUUGAUUUCAAUUUCAGAAAUAUAAGGAUUCGAAAAAGUAACAGAACCAAGUGUUUUGUUUUUAUUUUCCAUUUUCUUUGUAGAAAUUGAAUACAAGAAAAUCAUGUUACAUUUAUAAAUUGUUUUAGGGAAAAGUAAUGGAUAUUGGUUCUACACUUCAAAUUUUGAUGAAUUUUAUUAUUUUCUGUGGAAUAAUAAAUAUAUUAUCUGUGUUGAA